GUUCAACUCCCUUUCUUUUAUAUAUAACACCCUCUCUUCUUCUUCUUCUUCUUCUUUUUUUUCUUUUUUUUCUAUUUUUUUAUUUUUCCAUAUAUAUCAAUACAUAGUUUACUCAUGAAGGAACUUGACAAUAAUGAAAAGGACACAACUCAACUAGGCAUCAUUGGGGCUGGUGGUAUGGGUAGAUUUUACGCGCAACGAUUAUCAGCUGCUGGCUGGAAACAAGUAUUCGUUUGUGAUUUACCUGAAAAAUAUGAAGCUCUCAAGGAAGAAUACAAAGAUAGCGACAUCAAAGUGUUACCUGAUGGUUACCAUAUCUCGAGACGAUGCGAUUGGAUCAUGUAUGCUGUAGAAGCUGAACAUAUUGAAGCUGUUGUGGCAAAAUAUGGACCUGCAACCAAGAUAGAUGCCAUUGUUGCAGGCCAAACAUCUGUCAAACAACCUGAAGUGAAUGCUUUUAUCAAACAUUUACCAUCUGAUGUUCAUAUUAUAUCUUGUCACUCUAUGCAUGGCCCUGGUGUUAACCCUAAAGGACAACCACUGGUGGUAACUCGCGCUCGAGCCACAGAUGAUAAAUAUGAAUUGGUGCUACGUAUUUUGUCAUGUUUUGAAUCCAAUAUGGUACAUCUCUCUGCUGAAGAACAUGAUCGAAUCACAGCUGAUACUCAGGCAGUUACUCAUGCUGCUUUCUUAAGUAUGGGAAGUGCAUGGAAAGCAAAUAAUCAAUUCCCAUGGUUGAUUCCUCAUUUUGUCGGUGGAAUCGAAAAUGUUAAAGUGAAUGUGGCAUUACGUAUCUAUAGUAAUAAAUGGCACGUUUAUGCAGGUCUUGCUAUUAUGAACCCAAUUGCCAAGAUUCAAAUUGCUCAAUAUGCUCGUUCUGUUGCGGAUCUAUUCAAACUUAUGAUACAAGAAAAGGAAACUGAAUUCCGUGCCAGGAUCCAAGCGGCCAAUGCAUUUGUAUUUGGUGGAUUACAAAAAGAUCAUGUGCCUAUCUUAUUAUCAGAUGAAAUUCUUGAUGAAUUUUCAUUAUCCAAGAUGCCCAAGGAAAAACGUGAACCUAACUCUCAUUUAUCUUUGUUAGCCAUGGUGGAUUGUUGGUAUACUUUAGGUUUGAAUCCUUAUGAACAUAUGGUUUGUCAAACACCCUUAUUCCGAUUAUGGAUGGGUAUUACUGAAUAUCUAUAUCGAAGUGAACAUAUGUUAGAAGAUGCUAUUCAAGCAGCAUUAUACCGAAAAGAAAUUCGACCUGAUGAUAUGGAAUUUGUUACCUGUGCACGUGGAUGGGCUGAAUGCGUAGAAUUAGGUAGUAUGGAUGGAUAUGAAAAACGGUUUUCUGGCACUGCCUCCUUCUUUCAAGAUCGAUUUGCUGAAAGUAACGUGGUGGGGAACAAGAUGAUUGCCAUGAUCUCAAAGAAUGUGGAAAAAAUUUAGUCUAGUCUUA